AUGAACUUCACCUCUCGAAUUCCAGAGCUGGAAGAGGGAAAGUUCGGCAAUGGAUCGCAGGAAACAUCGACGAUCUACCUUCGGCCAACAAUACCAAAGCAACACGGAAACAUGAAGAUCACUCUCAGCUCUAUUACGAUACCACCAACACCUAACCUAGAUACUCAUUUCAUUUCUUCCACAAAUGCAGCUGUCGCCGAAAAUAGGAUUCGAUGCUCAUGUGAGGAGAUAGACGUGACGUCGCUCUUUCAUGACCGAAUAGAAGCACGUCUGCCUAUUCGCCGACCGUGGAUAGCCUUCGAGCAAAUCAAAAACAACGGCCAGGCCAUAAUACCAUCGCUUGUCACCGCGGAAAUCCUAGUGCAUGUUAAAGGUGACGUGGACCUUAUGGUAAAAGAAACAUCCGAUGCGGUAUGCAUGGUUCCUGAUGCGAUCGUGAAGGCUGGCGCCGUAGCUGAACUUCGCUGCAGCAGCACUCAGACUACCAAGGCAAUAGUUCAAUGCGAGAACAACUACUUCACGGUCCCCUGCAGCCCACAAGGAGAUAAAUGGAAAAUCCGCUCUAGCCAUACACAGGCUAGGGUACGGUUGAACUGCUCAGUCACAUGCGGAACCACGAAAACCUACUUUGAAGUCACCGGAAUCCUGAAGUGGACUAGAACACUCCACCACACGAUCCGAAGCGUCAUCAGCGGAGAAAACAUUGUUCAAGAUGAAAUAGUUCUACCAGACGUCGGACACAUCAUUGAAGCUCUCAUAUCUGACUAUAAGCAUUUCGUCAUCGCAAUGUCAUGUUCACUCGUUGUAUCCAUUGCAAACCAUGUCGAGCUCCUCAAGCAGCAGCAGCGGUCCGUCACCGACUACACAGAAGUCAAAAAAAACGCACUAUCCUCGAAGGCGACAACAACGGCGACGCCGUCACCAGCUGCUCAGAAUUCGAAGAAAACAACACUUCCGAAAACGACAUCGACAGUACCGCCGAGACGUGCUUCUUCAACAGCCAGUCAUGGCAAACGUCCUGGGACGCAGUCUCCACUAGCUAGUUCUUCUCAGGAGUCGGCGAAGCGUCCUCGAGUAGCUGAUCUGCAUCCGGUUCCACUGGGUACACCGCUGUCUGUAUGGAGUAACAUGUGCAGCAGUACAGCAUCCAUGUUCAGAAGUGCCAACUCUCAGCUGGAAGCUCUUCAGAAAAAAGAGAUUGCGACGACAGCAGCUCGUAAUGCUGAAUUCAAACAACUUUCGCAGAGAGUUCAAAACCUCGAUGAAUACCUCUGA